ACAUGUAUAUACGACAGGUGACAGCUGAUCCGACGAUCCGAGCAGCUACCAACCAUUGCUUUGGAUCUGUCAUGUAUAUUUUGUCUACUGUUAAUUUAAUUUAACAGCAAUCUUUCCGCGAACUCCGAGUGAUUAUAACAUUUGUUUUGCUCACGCAACGUAUCAACAUGGGCAACUGUUGUGGAUUAUGUUACAAAGGAUCAUCGUCGUACGAAGAUCUCACGCCCGACCGGGAGACUAUACGCAGGAGACAAGCGGAAGCUGCUGAGAAAAGAAUUGCUGAGCAGCAGCAAAGGGGUAUAAAAGAUAUAGAUUCUGUUAAAAGACAACAGCGACGAGCAUUGGAACUUGAGAAACGGGAACAAGAAGCUGCUGCUAGCAGUACACAACCUACGUUAAAGUGGCAGGUAAACUAAUCUAAGAAGAGAUGCAUGCUACUGUUCAACAGAAAUGGGCUGUAUAUUGAUUUUCACGAGGUAUUAAGUAUUCAAUAUAAUACUUGGUCGACCAAAAUGAGGUAGAUCUGACAUCACUAACGAUAUUGAUAUGAUCACACAAGUGCAAUCUUAUUUUGUACCUUUGAUAUAGAAUUAAGUUAUGAGGAUAGGUUAGGUUUUGGAUAUCUUAAUUUAACUAAAGAAUUAGCUAUGUGUGAAACUAUAUAUAUAUAUAUAUAUAUGUCAUAAAGUUUUA